AUGUCUCUCUGGAUUUGGCUUCUCCUUCUCUCUCUUCUCUUCAUUGCUCUCUUUGUGGUAUUCAACACAGACUAUGUCUUUUACUGGACCGAUCCUGUGAAUUGUCCUACCUCCGAAUUUAAAUAUCAAUACGACAUUGAAAAGUAUGAUGAAAUCUUUUGCGACAAACCUUUCGAAAAGACUGAAAAGAAGAUUUUAAUCGUCGGAUGUGGUUUCAGUGGCUUGUCAACCAGUGCUGCACUCACUCGAUAUGGCAUUCCAUUUGAUGUGGUUGAGGCAAAUAAUCAAAUUGGAGGAAAUUGGUUUUCUGGAGUCUACGAAACGGUUCACAUUAUUAGUAGCAGAAAAACAACUGAAAUGAAAGAUUACCCAAUGCCUUCUUGGUAUCCAGAUUUUCCAUCUGCCAAACAAAUGUUGGACUAUUUCCUGGAUUAUUGUAAACAUUAUCGAAUUAAUGAGCGAUUGUCACUCAACACGGAAUUGACAAGAAUUUCUGAGCAACAGAAUUCCACAGGAUAUCUUGUUGAAUUUAAACAAGGAAAUCAAACAUUUACAAGAGUGUAUAAGGGAGUAAUUAUUAAUAAUGGUCAUCACUGGUCGCGAAGAAUGCCUAAAUAUGAAAAUCAAGAACAAUUCACUGGAAAGAUCAUUCAUAGUAAGGAUUAUAAGGAACCUUCUCAAUUGAAGAAUCAACGAGUGUUAGUGAUUGGUGCUGGAAAUAGUGGUUGCGAUGUUGCUGUUGAAGCUGCUCGUUUUGGUACUGAAAGUCACAUUUCCAUGAGAAGAGGAUACUACUUUUUACCUCGUACCAUAUUUGGAAAACCAGCCGUGGAGCUCAUUCCAGCAUUCCUUCCACUCUUUCUUCAACAAAUUAUGUUUAAAUUCAUUCUUAUGAUCGUGACUGGAAUUAACUAUCAAAAAGAAUAUAAUUUACCAAAUCCAGAUCACAAUCUUUUCGAAUGCCAUCCAACCAUUAAUUCUGAAUUGUUACAAUUUGUGAAAUUAGGAAAAAUUCAUCCUCAUGGAGACAUUUUACGUUUUAAAGGAGGUAAAAAAAUUGAAUUCAAGAAUGGAGAGGAAAUUGAGGUCGAUUUAAUUGUUUGCUGUACUGGUUAUGACACCUCCAUUCCAUUACUGGAACCAUUUGUGGAGAAGACGGAAUAUGGAUAUCCAAAAUUGUAUACUGGAAUUUUUGUUCCACACAAAAAGUUCUUGUAUUAUGUCGGACUUGGACAACCAAGAUAUGGAGCUGGGCCACUUUUAACUUCAUCUUGUGACAUGCUUGCUAAAUUAAUCAAAUUGCAAGACUCAAUGAAAUAUCCAGUGGGUGAUGUGUUGGCAAGUGUCGUCGGAGAGAAAUUUCCAACUCCUCAAAAACCAAAAAUUUCGAAGGAUUUAUUAAUUGAUCCACACGUGGCAUGGAAAUCCUCACGAUUCUUUUCCUUAUUCCUCGUUCAUUUGAUGCCAUGGUUUGAAAAGUUGUCCAUCAUGAGAAAUAAGCUUCCUUUAAAGGAAAAGAACAAACAAGAAUAA